AUGGAAGUUGUGGCGAGCCAGGGUGCGAGUGUUACGCCUAUGGACCCCAUCACCAUAACGCCGGAAGACGUGGCUGAGGCGGUCCGUAGGGCCCCGAACUGGAAAAGUCCGGGGCUCGACGGGCUGCAUCAUUACUGGCAAAGCUUACUGGCUGCGAUUAUGCAUGAUUCUCCAAUCUUGGUAUACGUCCACGGAGGUUACUGGCAGGAGCUAUCGCGGGAGAUAUCUCGGUAUCCUGUGAUGCCGCUAUACCGCUCUCGGAUCAAGACAAUUGUGGUUGGGUACGAUCUAUGCCCUUCCUUUACGCUGCCAGAAAUAGUGCAUCAGAUUGAGAAUGCCGCAAGGUUCGUGUUCGAGUACGCGGAGAAAAUGGGAUCAAGAGGCGUGUACUUUGCGGGUCACUCAGCCGGCGCGCACUUGGUGGCUAAACUAUUAAGCAACGUCGAUUUCUUUGAGGACAAUCCAGGAUCGCAUCGGUUACGAGGAGCUUUCCUUAUCUCGGGUAUAUACGAUUUACGGGAGUUAGUCCACACAUCUGUCAAUGACGCUGUACAACUACCACAUGAGUGGGCAAUACCACUGUCGCCACUGUUCGAUUGCUAUACUCAUUUGCAGGCAAGAAGAGUAAGAGUGUACAUCCUAGCCGCCCAAAACGACAGCCCAGCGUUCAAAAAACAGUCUAGAGAGUUCUACGAACUCCUCCACAACACGUGUCUUAUGCAGAAUAUGUAUUUGGAAAUAAAAGAUGAUUUAGAUCACUUUGAUAUUGUCGAAUGCCUCGCUGAAGACGAUAAUUAUCUUAAGAAUCUGAUGGUUCACGACAUACGAAAGUACUUGUAA